CCACCAUGACGAGCCUCCAGCUGAGUGCAACGGAGGAGAUGGUGGAGAGGUUUUUGGACGCUGCCGCCAGAGGAGACCUGACUCAGGUGUCCACGCUGCUGUCCCACGCCCCCUCGCUCAUCAACCAGACGGGAUACAGCGGCUGGACAGCGCUGAUGCUCGCCGCUCGCAAUGGACAGUACCAGGUGGCGGAGGAGCUGCUGUCUCAUGGCUGCGACAAGUUCUCGGUGAACAGCUCGUCUCAGACCGCCUACGACAUCGCCAAGUUCUGGGGCCACAGACACAUCUCUAACCUGCUGGCCCGGGGGGACGACGGCAGCCGGCGAGUCCUGCCGGGCUCCGACGUCCACCAGCAGGAGAACUACUUCAGCAGAGAGACGCUGGACCGGCUGAGCGCCAAGAGGACGGACGAGGCGUGGCUGCAGAGUAAACAGAGCGACCCACGGACAGUCUACCUGCUGUUCUCCAGCCUCAGCCCCAUGGUCAGCAGCCCGCAGGCCGACGCCAAAGCAGCGGUUGAGACCAAGCUGUGCCGGUUCAGCUAUGAGGCGGUUGAAGAUCUUCUCCUGAAACCUACGACUGUGCUCAUCUUCCUCGGCGUGGAGAAGAGGAACAAAGCUUCCUCUCAGACGGUGGAUGUCGUCCAGGAGCCUCCUGCUUGGUUUGCCAUCAACACGGACGAAGACGCCGCUGAACUUCUGAAACGCUGCCGAGAAAAAAACUGCUGCUUCCCAAAGACGCCAAACAGAGAUCUGCUGAAGCUCAGUGAGGAAGAGGCUG